UGUGGUGUCAUUUCUCAAAUUAUAUGUCAAAUUAUUAUAUUAGCAAUAAAUACCUAUAAUGGCAAACGAAGCCGACGAAACUGUAAGAAAGCUUUCAUCGCACAAAGGUGUUGUAGGUGUUGUCGUUGUAAAUGGUGAAGGGAUACCAAUAAAGUCGACUUUAGACAACCAUGUGUCCGUCCAAUACGCCGGUCUAAUGGGAUCAUUAAUCGACAAAGCGAAAGCAGUUGUAAGAGACUUGGAUCCAACAAACGAUCUGACCUUCCUUAGAAUACGAAGCAAGAAAAGCGAGGUUAUGGUUGCACCUGAUAAAGACUUUAUCUUAAUAGUUGUUCAAACUCCUAUUGAAUGACAUUGGUCUAAGCCCUUAUGGCCUUUUAUGAUAUUCUGUUUUAUCAAUUUUACUGAUUACUUUAUUCUCGUUAUUUAUUUGUAUUACUUUUGUUUGGUUCUUGAGUAGCCUUAAAUUAUAAAAAUAAAACAACGUUACAUGCAAGUUUUA